CGCGGCUUCGUCGCUCUGACGCCAUCAUCUUGCGACUGCGCGGGUCCGGAGAUUUCCGUCUAUCAGGCCUGACACCCCAGAGCAGCUACCUCUGUUUUGUGGCCUCCGACCCGGGAUCAAAAGGGAACACGGCGAGAUGACGGACCGCUACACCAUCCACAGCCAGCUGGAGCAUCUGCAGUCCAAGUACAUUGGCACCGGCCACGCCGACACCACCAAGUGGGAGUGGUUGGUGAACCAGCACCGGGACUCGUACUGCUCCUACAUGGGCCACUUCGACCUUCUCAACUACUUCGCCAUUGCGGAGAAUGAGAGCAAGGCACGAGUCCGCUUCAACUUGAUGGAGAAGAUGCUGCAGCCUUGCGGGCCGCCAGCGGACAAGCCCGAGGAGAACUGAGACGCCGCAUUAACACCGCUGUGCGGGAACAUCUCCCAGCGUUCCUCGUUUUUCCCGUCGUUCCAGCGCAUUCCUGCCCCAAGAAGACCGAUUUUCCAUGACUCCGGCUGCUCGCGCUUUCCUCGAACAAACAUGGUUACCCAGGGUCGUCCUGCCUGACCUGCCUUCCUGCUUACCCUUCGGAACACAGCAGUGGGAGACAAUCAGGACUUCUGAGAACUGGGAUCGUGGAAAGAUCCUAGAGCCGGCAAGCGUUAGGGGAGGCGGUACUGGAGCGAGACGGGAUUUGAAGGCUCGUUUUUUUGGCUACUUGAUUGCCGUUUUCGUUUUAUCUAUAAAGUUUAGAAAUUGUUCA